UUAAAAAUAGUUUAAAAUAAGUUUCAAUUGUACCAUAAAUUUGAAAACAUUUUAUCAGAGAUAAUGGUUAUUUCAGUGACAAUAAUUGUAUUAUUAAUGAUAGGAUUUACGAUAACAUUGGAUCCGUUAGUAGAUCCUGAGGAACAACUUUGCAUUGAUUUAGCUAUCGAUGCAGCCAUUUAUGCCGACGACGGCAUCAGUUAUAUAUUAAAAGGCGACUCCUUUUGGCAAAUGGAUAGCCAAACAGGUCUUCUGCCAGAAGCGGGUAAUUUGAUUAGCGAUCGAUGGCCAGGACUGCCCACACCAGUGAACGCAGCCUUUACUAUUGGUGAAGCAAAAUAUGGUUUGUCUACCGUAUUCAUUGUUCAUGACAAAUGGUUUCUUUAUAAUAACAAAAUUCAACGAUUUAAUGGUACGACAGACGACUGGAACUACUUUCCCAUCGGUGACAAAGUAUUGGCCGCCAGUGAUCAUUACCGAUCAAAUAAGGACCGAAACAAAGCACCCGUUUAUAUCAUAUACGAGUCGCAAACAUAUAGCAAAUAUAUGUUUACAAAUAUCUUUUCUCCGGACCGCAUAUCCGGACCCAAUCAGUUGGUCAGAUCCGGCAAACUUAUGCUGUUUAUCAGUGACAGCAAACAGCCGACUGGAUCUACGUUUGACAACUAUAUCGAUAUUAAAGCGAUGCUAACCAAUGACCGACAUUUGAUAAUAUUUGGUAAUAAAAACUACUGCAUCGGUCCAAAUGCUAGAGAUAUGAUAGAAUGUGAACUAAAAACUAGUGAUGAAAUGCGCCAAUAUUUCAAAUGUCCGCGAAAGCCACGACCGGCCUCUACCACUACCAUUGAAACCAUCUCUACUAUCGAUACAAAUGAUACCACAAACAUCACUACAAAUACAAAAACAGUUGUCAACGUGUCGUCAAUUUUGCCGACAAUUGAGUCAUUGGGUGCCGAUGUUAGCAAUGUUAGUAUCAAUGAUAAUAUAGCGCCAAAUUCAACGACCGGUGCUCUAACAGAUAAGCCCUACAAAAAAGGUUUUCCGUAUACAAUGAUUAUCAUUAUAGCAGUGAUUGUUUUGGUAUGUGUGGUGAUUGUCAUAGUUGUCAUACUGUAUGUUAUAAAACAUAAGAAAAGUCAUACAAAAAGCGACCGAAAGGAAGUAGUUGUCAUUUCAUCAAAGAAUACAAAACAAUUGCCAAAGACUGAAGAAUUGUCGUCCAAAAAGACAAACACUAAGACUAGUGGUCAACAACCUAUGGAAGCGGAUCAGCUCAUCAAACAAAUGAGGACAACAAAAGAUGAUAACGAUUUAGAACUUUGA